GACGAUAAGAAGAAGCGUAGCAAGAAGGACCCUAAUGCUCCCAAGCGUGGGUUAUCUGCUUAUAUGUUCUUUUCUCAAGAAAAGCGUGCCGAAGUCAAGGCUGACAACCCUGAUGCCUCCUUUGGGCAAAUCGGUAAGCUUCUCGGUGAAAAAUGGAAGAGCAUGAGCGACGAAGACAAGAAGCCUUAUGUUGCAAAAGCUGAAGCGGAUAAGAAACGUUAUGAAGAUGAAAAG